AUGAGUGGCAUUCAUCGGUUUUUGACGCGUCGCGACCGGCACAAUAAGUUGAACAAGCAAAGCAAAGAAGAGGUAUGUGUGUACGGAGCAUCUCAUAUACUUUCACGUCCUCUAUUCCAUGGACUUUUCAAGGCAGAGAUAAUACCGGAAGAUAAUCACAAUCAUGAGAAGGUCAAAUCCCUUGCUCAACGAAUGAAGCAGCUUGGAAUUACUGCGAUAGAGGAAGAGCAUAUGAAUUAUGCAUUGAAAGCCACACAAGGUGACACAGAGAAGGCAUUCAGUCUGCUACUCCUGCUAGAGGACUCCAUCGAAGGAAUCAUCAGGAAUUACACACCGAACACCAAGCUUCUAGGUGCAGAAAACCGUCAAGGAGUCACAUGCUAUCUAGACGCGUUGUUGUUCGCCAUGUUCGCCCGUCUUGAUUGUUUUGAAGCCAUUCUAUACAAAUCAUUUAAUGAUGAGCCGCGUCGAAAGCUUGCAAUCCUUCUGAGACUAUGGGUGAAUCUGUUGCGAUCGGGGAAGCUCAUAACCACAGAUAUGACAAAGCACCUACAGGAGUCCCUAGCAGAAUGCGGUUGGGAAGAUGCAGCCAAACUUCAACAACAGGAUGCUUCAGAAGCAUUCACUUUUCUUACUGAAAAGUUAGAGCUGCCACUUCUGACUUUAAAGAUGGACAUCUAUCAUACUGGAAAGGAGGAUGAAAGUGAUGACCAUAAGUUCAUCAAUGAGAGGCUUCUCGAGGUUGCCAUACCACCAGAGCCAACUGAUGGACAAUCACUCACACUGGAAGACUGUCUGGAAGCUUACUUCAAUAACAGAAUUGAAGUGAAACGACAUAUGGAACGACGCAACACUGCAAGCUCGAUUAGAUCGGCGGAUUCACUCUCCAUAUCCAAGGGGUCCACCUCACAUGUUGAAACAGUGGAGAUUGAGGUCACACCCACUGUUUCUCCUUCUCAAACAAAUGCACCGCGAGCCGAAAAACCAAACCCCUGGUCAUCCUUCAGUGAGUUCGCUGAAACCCUCGAGGCAUCUCGAGCACCUGGCCGACGUGCUAGUAUUCUUCGCGAGCGGUUCUUUCCGGAUCCAAGUGACCACACAAAUACCGGAGAUUCGAAUCUGGAGGAAGAUACCAGUGCAGAUCAAGAUACCAGUGGCGAUGCACAACCUCGAAGGGGCUCAUAUAAGAAAGAGGUAAUGAUGCCUGCGUGGCAGUUUUUCAGUUUGAUACCGUGGUAUACAGACAAUACGCCAACAAAUGACGCGCAAGUUGCAGCACACUUUUCCUCAAAACGGCCGAUCCUUGGGAUGUGUCUGAAACGUUAUUCCUUCUUGCCAGACGGGAAGGCAGUCAGACUCAACACACACAUUGAUAUACCAACAGAGAUCGGCCUGCCUCAUUUCAUCCAAGAUGACAACUUGGAUGCGAAUGCUCCUAUCUAUGGGAGCUUCAAACUCUCUUUGCAGGCUCUGGUUUGCCACAGGGGCAACUCGGUUGACUCGGGGCAUUAUAUUUCCAUUGUUCGAGGCACCAAUUCCGCCAAUGGUGGCACUCCUGUCACUAGUGGCCCGGAAGCCCCAGAGACAUCCAAACAUUGGAUGCGGUUCGACGAUCUUGCAGCAGAACGAGUGACAUUGGUUGACAUUGAUCAUGCGUUGAAAACGGAAUCUCCCUAUCUUCUAUUUUAUCAAAUUCUUCCUAUCGGCGAAGAUCCAUCUGCGCCCAAUAUUCCGAAUGCACCGUCAUCUCGGGCGUCAGACGGCAGUACACUAGCCGACCAAACAGAUUUCAGCGCCGAAGACUUUGCUUCUGAGCGACCAAGUGUUGAAGUGACAGCGCCAUGCGAGACUAAUGCACAAACAUUAGCCAAUGCCGCAAGACGACCCAGCAUAGCAUUCUCAGAUGCCAGUAAUCCAGCUGGUCUUCAGCCACGCUCUGUUCCAUCCUCAUCGCCUAAGCUGGCAUCGAUGGAUGAAGAAAACACAAAGGGGACAUCGCUCUCAGGUCGUGGGCCUCGAUCAGUCAGGAGUAAUCCCGGCAGUCGUGCUGGCAGCCAAACGGGUGAAAAUAGAAUCAGUGCCACUUUUUCGCGCUUUGCUGAACGGCUUAGUCGGGAUAGAAUUAGCAAUGACGGAUUUACAGAGGGAAAGGAAGGAGAUGAGUCUGCAAUGGAGAUUGAUGACACUGUGGAUGAGCUGAAACUCGGGCCAGCUGCCCUUGAGAACAAGGAGAAGCGUGGUAGAGGCCGAACGAAGGAUCAGGAGCGGCACAAAGGGAAGGCAAAGGAGAAAUCUAAGGAAAAGAGCAAGAAAUUGGAUCGGGAAUGUGCAGUGAUGUGA